GAAAGUAACAAACUAACAGCCUUGCAAGUUAGGGCCAAUCCAACUGUCAGCCCUUCAGGCAACAACAUAAUCCCUCCCCGGACCGAAGUGAGCCUGGGCUGCUAAAUGCUGCUGCCUCAGAGGGACGAUGGUGGAGGGCUGGUAAAGAUGGCGGCUCUCUCCGAGGAUGGGAGGUACGGAUUAAAUUGUGGCCAACAUAUCGCAGAAAGAGUCACUGUAUUACACGUCAAAUUGACUGAGACAGCGAUAAGAGCCAUAGAAAGCUACCAAAAUUGUAUGAAUGUACCUUCCUUGCGGCCUACAAUACAAUUCAAGGGACUUCAAGGGCGCAUUAAAAUUCCCAAGACUGACUCCUCAUCAAACACCUCCCACAAUUUUGAUUUCUACCUGUCUAAUGUUGGCAAAGACAACCCUCAGGGAAGCUUUGAGUGCAUUCGUCAGUAUGCGUCAAGCUCAGGGGCCUCACACCUGGCAUUGUUGGCGACGGUACAGGACAAGGUCACAGUGUGUGCCACCAAUGACUCGUACCAGGUGACACGGGAACGUAUGACCCAGGCUGUGGAGGACACACGUGAACGUGGGACCAAAGUAAUUAAGCCAGGGGGCCAGUACAGAGGAAAGCAAGUGCACACUCGUAAGCCUGCACUGUCUGCUCCGGAUGUGGUCCCAGAGCGCAAACGCUCCACACCAAUCAACCCAGCCAACACCAUACGAAAGUGCCUUUCCAGCAACCCGGUGUCUCAGAGAUCCUUCAGGGACCGCAUCAUUCACCUGCUGGCGCUUAAGUCCUACAAGAAACUGGAGGUGCUUGGCCGUUUGCAACGGGACGGCAUCAACCAGAAGGAUCGAAACUCACUGGGGACCACCCUGCAACAAGUAACUGUGGCAAACCUAAAUCCUAAAGACAACACCUACUCAUUGAAGGACUUCAUGUAUCGGGAUGUCCAGCGAGACUGGCCUGGCUAUUCUGAAGAUGAGAAGACUCAGGUUGACAGGAUCCUGGCUCGGAAAUUAGGUCUUCCAGUUGAGACUGUAUCAUCAAACAGUUCGCCCAAAGACGGUGUCCCCACAUCUCCCCAGAAGCGCCAGGCUGACUUUGACUUUAUUGAUCCUUUGGCACCCAAGAAGGCCCGCAUCUCUCACCUCAGCAACCGGGGGCUAGCUGCGUCUUCAUCCUCCUCUGACCGUCGUGAGGACGAGGGCAUCAACAGCUCUAAACGCUCGUCCCUCCCCCUCAAUGUUUCCUCAGGCCCUCCCACUCACCUCCCCAUCUCAUCUCAUCCCCCUGCACCCUCUCACCAGCAGCCUAGCCCGGCCUCCAACUCCAACUCCCCUAGCACCCCGGAAGGCUGUGGCACCCAGGACCUGCCAAUUGACCAGAGUUCUUCCUGCAGAGACCCUUCCCCCAGCCCCUUUUCCUCUGAUAGGACCCAGCCGGAUCGCUAUCAGCACCCUGUCCCCAGACCGGUGGCCUCACCCAGCCCUCCUCCCUGCACCACCCUGACAGUUACCUCCACUGUCAUCAGCAGUCCUCCCUUAUCCAGCAGUACAAAUAAGAAGUUCAAAAAGAAAUCAAAGAAGCACAAAGACAAGGAUAGAGAGAGGGGGAAGGAGAAACAAACCGAAAGAGCCAGCAUAAGUCCCCCCCUUGUUGCUGAGCAGGCUGAAAAGAGUCACCGGGCCAAAAAGAAGCGCAAUGUUGAGGAGGAGAAUGAAGUUCUGGACAAAAGUUCCCACAAAGAUCAAAACAAGGGCAAGCCGGUCCAGACCAUUAAAUUAUCAUCCAAAGCUGAGAUGCCCGACUAUGUAGCAAAGUAUAGCCCUCUGGUUUCCCUUGACCAGAGACAGGGCUACAAGGAUGACUUCAAUGCAGAGUAUGAUGAAUACCGCCAGUUGCACGCCCGUGUGGAGAGCAUCACACGCCACUUUACCCAGCUGGAUGCCCAAUGCAGGAAGCUGGCACCUGGCUCCAAAGAGUACCAGAAAGUACAAGAACAAGUAGUGAAAGAGUACAAAAAGAUGAAACAACAUAACCCUAACUACCAUGAAGAGAAGCUGCGCUGCGAGUACCUGCACAACAAGCUGGCCCACAUCAAGCGGCUCAUAGCUGAUUUUGACCAGCGCCGGGCCCAGGGCUGGUGCUGAGAGCAUGGGGCAUCCUCACGUAUCAGUAUUUUGAACGGAGUGUCAAACCAGGAGGAGAGUGACCGCUCUUAUUUAUUAACACCCCUUCAUUUCCUGCCUCUACAACCUCCUCCCUUACUCCUUCAUUCCCUUUCUAUGUGAUCUUUGAUUCCACAGGCCUCUAUGUUGCCUGCAGUCUUGAGAGUUUCAUGUGGACCUAGCUCCCAUCCUUUUGGUUUCUCAAUGCUUUAUCUUAAUUAGCUCCUGUGGAAUUUGAUACCACUGGACCAAUGAAGGGGGCCGCCUGCAUGAGCAACAAGGUGUGCAGAAAAACGUCAACUCUAACUUUUGAAGGACACUCUUCAGACAGAAAAAAGUAUUUUUGAGCACCAGAGAAAAUAUUAACUUGUAUUUAAGUAAAACAUUAAAAAGAGGGAGAUAUUUAUUUUGAGACUCGUAGUCCAAAUAAGAGUCUGCAGAUGUUUAAUUUUUCUUUACCGUGGAAAAAAAAAAGGAAAAAAAAUUACCACAGGCCUUAUGUGUUGUGAAGCCAUUUUGCACGCAAAUUUGCUACAUCAUCUGGCAAAAUCUUUGCUGCCUCAUUUCCCUCUUUUCAAGCUAAACUGUACUGGAAAUCUGGUUUAAGAGGAAGGAAAUGGGAUGGUGAGAUGAAAAGACAGUGUGUGCAUGGUUAGAAAUUACUUGUAAUGACCACAAGUGGUGGUGGGGUUAGAGCACCUACAGGAGUUUGAUCCUGUGUGUGUUUGUGUGCGGGGGGAGCAGUAUUCCUUGCACCUAAUGAUGUUUUAAGUUCCUGGUGCCUUACGGCGUUUACAUUUGGAAACGUAGUUGGGGCGAUCUUAGGGGUCCACAAGCUAUGCAAAGGAACUACAGCUGCCUGGAAACUAUUGUGUGUGUGUGUGAGUGAGUGUGUGUGUGUUUGACCUGAAAAAAUUGUCAGACUGGUGGAGGAAGGAAGUCCAAAAGUGUUACAAAUUGUGCGAGUGAGUGAGUGUUCGUUUGUUGAGCAACAGCAAAAAAUAGAAAAGUGGAGAAGAGUUAGAAAUAUGAAAAAGCAAAAAAAAAGCUGCUAUAGUGUUUGACCAGCCAGAGCACUCAGGAUCAACCUGGCUGGGGUAAAAGUACCUGAUCUUUGUAGAAGAUUGUUUUUCCAGAUCAGUUAGACCCUGGAAAGGACUGCACCCACCUCCUGAGCUUAAUCCAGCAGCAAACAGACUGAUUGGAAAAAAAAAAGAGGCCACUUUGUCAUCCACCAGAGGACUGGACUUCCCUUUACUGUGGUGUUUAAUAUAUUGGAGUCUAAGUUUGACUUCCACAAAGUAGUGAAAGUUUUCAGUAUUUCACUUUUUUUUGUUUCCCAUGUUGAUGAUUUGUUUUCAUGAUGGACAAAUGGCUUCUGGUUUAUUCUUUAUUUCAAGGGAAAGUUUGUUUACAUACUUGUCAGAGUGUUUGCCAAAAAUUAAAUGCCUUUCUGGUGCUGCUUCCAUGGAGUAGCAUUUGUGACAGAAGCAGCGGAAUGAGACGUAAAUGCUGACCUAAACGUCGCAGUCACUGAAGAAUACUGAACACAUGCUCAAGUUUUCAAAUGUGAAGAGAAUCUAGGGCGUUGAGGUGUUGACUCCACCUCUACAGAAGGGCUCCAACUGAAAUGUGCUGUCAGAUGAGUCUGGUCUAUUCCUGGGGAACACGCUCCCCCCUCAGAAUGGAGAUUUAUUUUUUGGGGGUUAAAUGUGGGAUCCAUGUUUUGAUUCUGGCAUGCUUUCAAACAGCUGGUCUCUGCAGUGGACUGGCUGUUUGUCUUGUCUGAAUCUAUUUAGCUUCAUUCUAAAACUUGGUUGAUUUCAUUUGUUUCCCAGCACUUGUUAUACCACCGCUUCAAUGUCAUAUACCUGUGGACCCCAAAGUAAAUGUCUAGGUUUUUUUUUUUCUUCUCUCUUUUACUUAAAUUGUCAGCAUUUAGAACUAUAAAGGGCCCUUCAACAAACUGACAUUGGAGAUCAGAGCUUUUCAUUAAGCCUUUAUGCUACAGUCCAUCACCUACAUCUUCUUCUCAGCCUUCCAAAGAUUCCUGUCUUAAUCAUAGAAACAUUCUCCAGGUUGGUCUGAAGAUGCACAACGUGACUCAUUGUGCUGGGACGAAGGAGGGAAGCGGUGUGAUCAGUCUUAAUGAGGAAAACUGAAAAUGCCCCAGCAGCAUUUAGAAACAAGAAACUACGGGAAGUCAAGUGAAUUUAGAUUGAAAUGUCAUCCUGAAAAUGUACAAGACAUUUCAAUAAAAAUAAACUUGGUUCUACCUGUUAAA